AUGUACGGGUUUCAACUACGUGCAGGCAGUUCUGGCUCCGGGGGGCCCAGUGAGCCGUAUCCCGUCACGGAGUUGCUGACCCUCCUGGCGGCGUUCACCUUCGCCCAGCCAAGCGCGCAGGGCUUGCAGCGGUGCCUCCGGGCCUGGUCGGCGUUCGUGGCCCAAGCUACACUGGAAAAAGGGGAGGGGAGUGCUGGCGACGUCGAAAAGUCUGCGGCGCUGGCCCGAGAUAACGCUGGGGGUCUGCAGUCGGUGUGCCAGGCCCUCCUUGAGAAGACGCUGUUCAUCACCAACGGCGAAGCCCUUGAAGACCUCGACGACGACGCCGGGAGCGACGACAACAACAAUGGCACGGACUGGGUUGCCGCAGAAGAUGGUGACGAAGGAGGCGGCGGGCACCACCAUGGGGGCGGCAUCGGUGGCUUGAGCGAGCUCGAGGAGUUCAUCGGCGAGGUGCGAGCUGUCCUGCUUUCCUCUUCCCGCGUACCCGGGGUCGGGUCCGCCCUCUCCGAGUCGGUGCUGGGAGCCUUCGCCACCGUGCUUGACCACCUCGACAAGACGAGCACAAGCAGCGAUGGUGGCUAG